CCUCCAUGAUAGAAUUAAAUAUACACAUUAGCUCAUGCAAAACACCAUAAAAUAUGGCAAAAGGGAUACCUGUACUAUCUGUUGUCAGGGUGGUUGUUGCGGCAUGUACCGCCCUCCUUCCUUAAGGUAUAUCCUCAAGAAAAUACAAAAUAAAAAGCAUGAAAAAAUAUUAAAAAUACCAAUAUUCCCGCAGACUGUUUGAUUGGACAUAUCUUCCAAAACGUCAAUUUCUCCCAAUUUGUAAGAAUCUCCAUGAAGUGAAAUCUUUACUAAAAAAAUUAGCACGUAAAGGAGUCGGAGUCGCUCAUAUUUUUACCGACUCCGACUCCGACUCCGACUCCGACUCUGACUCCAAUUCCGACUCCGACUCCGACUCCGACUCCGACUCUGACUCCAAUUCCGACUCCGACUCCGACUCCGACUCCGGCCAAAAGUAGCCGACUCCUCAACUCCUCGACUCCGACUCCGACUCCGACUCCACACCCCUGGAAAAAACCACGAAACUGUAAUAUUUUGAUGUUAUUUUUAUAAUGAAAUCUGUAUGUGUAAACUGACGAUAUAAUUUAAGUUAAAUAACAGUUUUGCUUACUAAAAUGAGGAAAUUGAAAAAACACGACAUUGUGCAAUAUGAAUGCAGAUUACAACACCGUGUAUUGUACAGUAGUGGUUAUUCUCUCGGACCCAAUGUACCCCCUGAAAAGUGCAAAUGUACCCCUGGGGGUACAUGUACCCCAGGUUGGGAACCCCUGCUCUAAGCCCUGAUUAAUAAAAGAAAAAUUAGCAUGAAUGUAACAUAUUUUAACCCAUCCGCUGCAAUUGGCACAGAUUUGGCUUUCAGUGGUAGCUUAGUAACAUAUGCUCCCAGGUCUCUCUGGCUCUGUGGUGGAUAGUGGAGUGUUUCCCAUGUGGUAUUGGUAUACAGGAUAUCCCCUCCCAAGGUGCAUGACUUACAUUUUUCUUCAUUGAAUUUUAGCAGCCACUUUUUGUUCCAUUCCUCUAUCUUGGUGAUGUCUUCUUGCAUGAAAUCCCCAGUCAAGGGGUUAAUGUCAGUUGUAAAUCAUCAUUAUAUCCUAUGGAGUAUCAUUUUCUUGUUUGGUUGUGUGUGUGUGUGUGUUCCCCUGCAGAGCCUGACGGUUGGCCAGGUGCUGCUGGGCUGUGUGUUGGAGGAGAGGGACUAGGAGCUGGUGGUGAGUCUGCCCCAUAAGCUGGUGGGCAGCAUCAGCCUGGCAAACAUCUCUCGGCCCUACACGGCUCCUCUGUCCAAGCUGAAGGAUGAUGAGGAGGGGGAGGAGGAAAUCCAGGCCCUGCAGGAGCUGUAUCAGCCAGGCCAGCAUGUGGUGUGCAGUGUGGUGUCCAUCGAGAAGGUCAACAACAUGACCUGGGCCUCUCCGGUGCCCAAUGCUGCCAGACUUCAACAUACUGCCUCCUGCACCAACCAGUAACCUUCAGUCCUCCUCUCCCUCCCUGUCCACAGUGAGUCUCACACUAAUGCCCAAUGAGGCGAACUUUGGCAUCUCAGCAUCGUGCCUGGAGAAGGGUCUGGUGCUGCCCUGUGCUGUGGCCAGCCUGGAGGACAAGGGCUAUGUCAUGGACACAGGCAUUCCCAAGAUCAAGGCAGUGUUCCUCAAGAGGGAGGACACGGAUAAGGCUCACACUUGGGUGUGCAGUGUGUUACGCUGCGUCCUAACAAACAUCUUUGGGAGGGACACCAAAGACAACCUGCGCCUGACCCUCAGUGCCAACCCCAAGGCUCAGCAACCCUGGACCUAAGCCACACCACCAAUUUGGCACUCCUGCUCCCGGGCACUGCCGUCAACACUACCAUCUCAAAGAUACGAGGCGACGCGCUCA